CUGCAAAAGUGCAAAGUGAUACGCAAAUGUAUGGUGGUGUAAGGAACGGUGCGGCUGUCCUAGCCAGGGUCGCUCGGGCGACCCGACUUGCAAGCCUAACUGACGGCCAUGACAGACUUAUUGCUUUGGCCGCUCAGGAUGGCAGCCGAUUGGCUGCCAUUGGAUCCUUAGGAUCUCCUCUUAGCGGAUGGGGGCUGGAUGCUUUUGGCGGGUGCUCCAGUGUCUCGCACAUGACUCAGCAGGUCGCGGCAUUCGCAUCGAAAGGCGGGGGAAAGCACGGCAAGGGCAAGGACAAGCAUGGUGGGGGCAACAAGGGGUCUGCUGCCGCGGCGACAAGUGGAGAGGCCGAUGUGGAGGCCCCGCCCUUCGAUUUGUCGCCCUUUGACAGCGACAUGUCUACCUCGCUGGCUGCCCUGUCUCGCGAGCUGGCGGGCAUUCGCACCGGCCGCGCUUCCCCGGGCCUACUGGAGGCGGUGGAGGUGGAGGCCAGCAGCAGGGGCGGCGUGCACGUGCCGCUGCGGGCGCUGGGCACCGUGGUGGCGCGCAACCCGCAGCUGCUGGUGGUGGAGCUGUACGACAAGGAGGACGCUCCCGCGGUGGCCGCUGCCAUCGAGAAGGGCCCACUCAAACUACAGGCUCGCGUGGAGGGCAACGAGGUCAUGGUUGCGGUGCCCCGCCUCUCCAUGGACAUGGUGGAGCGCAUGAUCCGGCUGGCGGGGCAGGAGGCGGAGCACGCGCGGGCGGCGGUACGGCGGGUACGGCACCGUGCCAUGGAUUUCGCCAAGAAGAGCAGCAGCGCGGGCGGCGUGGGGCACGACGAGGGCAAGCGGCGGGAACAAGAGGUGCAAGCCCUGACGGACCGCUACAUCCGGGAGAUCGACUCGCUGUUGAAGGCCAAGGAGAAGAACCUGCGGGAAAACCACUGAGCAGGGUGGGGUUAGUGUCCCGUUAUAGAGGGGACAGAGGGGGGGCGUUCGUGGGAGUCUCGUGGGAGGGCAGCAUGUGGUUGGGUUGGGUUGGGUUCAGAGGGGUGUGAGCAUUGGUGGUGUAAACGCAGAGCGAAGAAUACGGCAACGUUGUUAAUUCGAGCGGAAAGAACCCGUGUGGGAGAUCCCGUGUGUGGGGGAUAGCACGGGGUCAAGUGCUGGUGCUUGGCGCCGCGUGGAAUGUAGGAUGAUGCCGGAGACAUGGCAGAUGCGGGGGUGUAUGCGCGUACUAACCCUGUCAGCUUGGCGGUUAAGAGCAACGGUAGCAGUGCACCCUGGCGGUUAAGAGGACCUGCCUCCCAAGCAGCAGGUGGCAACCGACGAUGCAUCGCAGCGCAGGUGGCAACAUGUGAACAUGGCUAAGCAGAAGUGCCUAAUGGCGUUUCCUGCACGGA